CCCUCAUACACAUCAAAUAUGAUCAGCUGGUUUCAGGAAACCAACUAACUAAACUUCAUCUUCUGCCUGAAAUCAAGGAGCCAUGUUUCUAAACGGCCUUAGCGACAGUAACUAAGGGGCGGGGCGAGACGCCGUGACAUCGCGAGAACACUCCGCGGGAUCCCGCAGCGCUCCUGUAUCUCAGCCUGAAGAGCUCCGAGACCAGAAUCCAGACUCAGUCCAGGACAACACGGUCCACCAGUCACAGCGGAGACCUGCAGGACGAUGGAGAACCAGAACCCGGACCGCAGGAGCCAAACAGCAGCCUCGUGCUCUGAUAGCGCCGAUGUUCAGAGAAAGAGAGGAAGAGAUGGACUCAAACAUCAUCGCUGUCAGCUCUGUGACACAUCCUUCUCAAGAUUUGAACAUUUGAAGAUUCAUCAGAGAGUUCACACUGGAGAGAAACCGUACAGCUGUGCCCAGUGUGGGAAAACUUUCACUCAAUCAAGUUACCUAAAAAUCCACCAACGUGUUCACACUGGAGAGAAACCGUACAGCUGUGAACAGUGUGGAAAAAAUUUCCCUCGAUUAGGUGCCCUAAAACUCCACCAACGUGUUCACACUGGAGAGAAACCGUACUGGUGUGAACAGUGUGGAAAAAAUUUCCCUCGAUUAGGUGCCCUAAAACUCCACCAACGUGUUCACACUGGAGAGAAACCGUACUGGUGUGAACAGUGUGGAAAAACUUUCCCUCAAUUUGGUCACCUAAAAACCCACCAACGUGUUCACACUGGAGAGAAACCGUACUGGUGUGAACAGUGUGGAAAAACUUUCCCUCAAUUUGGUCACCUAAAAACCCACCAACGUGUUCACACUGGAGAGAAACCGUACAGCUGUGAACAGUGUGGGAAAACUUUCAGUACAUCAAGUUACCUAAAAAUCCACCAACGUGUUCACACUGGAGAGAAACCGUACUGGUGUGACCAGUGUGGGAAAUCUUUCAGGGCAUCAGGUGACCUAAAAAUCCACCAACGUGUUCACACUGGAGAGAAACCGUACAGCUGUGACCAGUGUGGAAAAAGUUUCGCUCGAUUAGGUGCCCUAAAACUCCACCAACGUAUUCACACUGGAGAGAGACCGUACAGCUGUGACCAGUGUGGAAAAAAUUUCCCUCGAUUAGGUGCCCUAAAACUCCACCAACGUGUUCACACUGGAGAGAAACCGUACUGGUGUGAACAGUGUGGAAAAACUUUCCCUCAAUUUGGUCACCUAAAAACCCACCAACGUGUUCACACUGGAGAGAAACCGUACUGGUGUGACCAGUGUGGGAAAUCUUUCAGGGCAUCAGGUGACCUAAAAAUCCACCAACGUGUUCACACUGGAGAGAAACCGUACAGCUGUGACCAGUGUGGAAAAAAUUUCCCUCAAUUUGGUCACCUAAAAAUCCACCAACGUGUUCACACUGGAGAGAAACCGUACUGGUGUGACCAGUGUGGGAAAUCUUUCAGGGCAUCAGGUGACCUAAAAAUCCACCAACGUGUUCACACUGGAGAGAAACCGUACAGCUGUGACCAGUGUGGAAAAAAUUUCCCUCAAUUAGGUCACCUAAAAACCCACCAACGUGUUCACACUGGAGAGAAACCGCACUGCUGUGAACCAUGUGAGAAAAGGGGGGUACAGGAACUGCCCGAGUGAAAUGGGCAGGAUUUAGGACAUCUACAGUCUGACGUGUGUAAACUUUUUUUUCUUUUCCCAAGUUGAGCUGCCCAAUGCAGGUCAGCAGCACCGGACCUUAUGUUGUUCAUGUCCGCUGUAGCCAAUAAAUGAAGGCGAAGGAGCGAGGCGUUCUUUCCACACCUGUAAGUAGCUUCUGCCAUUAUUGUGUCAGUCUAAGAUGCAAAGAACAUUGUCCAUUGUAAACUUAUGAUAAAGGUUUUGGCACGUGGUAAAUUAAUUUCUUGCUAAUGGUUGUGACAGGGUUUACAUGUAAAGGCCUUUUCAGACUGCUUGAAUACGCGGGGUCGCUCUGCGCUCCUCAUAACUCAGGAAGUCAGACAUAUAUCAACCGCAUGGAUAUUCCGGUUGAUUUUCAAAAUAAAACACCCUGUGCAGGCUGCCGAUCGUGUACCAACAAUAAACAGUUAAAACAGACAAGAAGAAACAGUUAAACUAUGUGGCCUACUUAAUCAUGGUAGAAGCAUAAAAAUCAAGGACAUCUGAACAAAUCAGCAAAAUUAGGCAGGCAAAAUGCUCUUAUUCUGAAAUGCUCCAUGUGUAAAAUGCAGCCGGUAUUGUAGCUGAUAACGGCUGAGAGUUGUCUGUGUAUGGAUGGAUGGGUAGGCCAGAAACCGUACUUUUAAAUGUUUGUUUCCUGUGUGAAACAAAAAGUGAUUUUAGUUUUGUAAGUAACCACAAGCCACGUUUAGACCAAAGGUACCCAGGACUUUUAAAGUAAGGACAAAAAAACCGUCAUCAGACGGGUUACGUGUAGAUGCAGAUGUACGCAUGCCUCCCAUUUUUUGUGACCACACGGACAUGUCCGCGCAGCAACUAGUGCAACCAGGGCACCAACUCUACUCAUCUACUGCGCAUGUGUGGAACGUGUCCACCAAGCUGACUGCAGAAGGUUGUAUAAACAGAAGUAUUCAGCAUCUGCUCCCCAGCAUAUUCAAGGCUUAAGUCCCCAGAUCUCUUCUCAAGGAACUAAAAGGUUCCUUCAGCCCACUGUUGUGUGCGUUUCCACCGCGGUCUAAAGACCUCACAGAUUCGGCAAAUUAACCAGCUGACAUAGGCUGUAGGCUGUACUCUGUAUAAAGGGAUGCACAAGCCUCAUUAUUUGUAACUACUAUCCAUGAGCAAAAUUCAUAAAUGAUUUGACUGGAAUAUAAUGAAAAAUGAUAGGCUUUGCAUGACCAUUAAACAGCUUAUUUUGUGUGGGAGUAUAAUGAGGAGACAGCUUAAAGUUAGUUCAAAUUCAAUAACAAACUGGAUGAAGCCAUCACCUUCACAAAAUAACUCCAGCACAGAGAAAGCAACACAAAAAUAAAAUCUUAAUAAAAAUGGAAACUUAAAACAACAACUUUGGACCCAGUAUUUAGCGUAACUCCAUCAGCUGUUCGCUGUAAACACACCGCUGCUCGCUGGCUGCUGUUUCUGAGGAAUACAUUUAAUGUUGAUCUCUGGCAGACAUCAGCAAGACUUGUGUGCUUUUUGACUGUUGACUAUUUGACUGAUUUAUUGGUGGCCAGUUCAAGAAAAACACCCGACAUUCUCAAGUUUAAGCCAGUAGCCUGUACUUGCCCAUUCAGAAAUUCGCUGCAAGGCAAUAUUGCUUAUGUUAUUUUUAAGUUACUAAGUUCAAUGUUUUGCUGUAAACCUUUGUUGUAUUGUUAUUGUCUUUAUCAUGAAUCUUGACAUCUGUAAGUUGAAAAAUUUGAGCAUUAAACACUUAAUUUUCUGCA